AUGGACUUGCUAAAGGAAUACGACGAUAAUGAAGAAGCUGAAAUAGAAAAGUGUGAAGGGAAAGUGGGGGGAAAUAACAAAUCCAGUAGUAAAAAUACAGUAACUACACUUACCGCGGACACGGAAUGUGUUACAAGGGUGAAUUAUAACGAGGGGGAUGAAGAAGAAAGGCGUAAAACUUUAUGUCCUAUUCCUAUGAGACAAGUAAACUGUGCCCCUUAUGUUGAUACAUACGACAUGGAAAUAAAAAAUUACAAAGAAAAAUUUAAAAAUAUAGAAAAGAAAAUAAUGCUUGAUGAUCCGACCCUUCUUAAUGUACUGAAUAAGCCUCAACAAGGACCAAGCAUAAAUGAAAAUUAUAACUUUUUAAAAAAUGCAUGUAAAAAUCAUUUCACUGGAUGCAUAGAAUCAACAUUUGUAAAUAAAAAUAUGUUCGAUUAUCAGUAUAAUCAAUUUAACUUAACUGGGGUAGCAGAAAACCCAGCCUUAAAAAACUACUAUAAGAAGAAUUACAAAAAUUAUAUAAUAUCAUCGAAUAGAGAUCACGAACUGGUAAACAAUGAGCAGUUAUAUGACAAGAGAUGUAAAAAGAAAAGAGCCAAAAAUGAAAGGGAAAUUGAUAAUUCUCCUGAAAAAUACAAGGGUCCGUGGGAAGAUAGAGGUGUAACAAAUAGCAAAAAAAUGCAAAUGUAUGAAAAAGAAGACACAUUUCGGAACGAUGAAGAAAAUGCAAAAUCCAAAAAUAACAAUGAAAUCGUAAAUCCUGCUACAGAUGAACGUAGAAUGUCAGGAAAAAAGAAUUCAAUCAUGAAAUUAGAAUCAUGUAUUCUUGAAGAAGCAAUUAAUAAAAAUGUUCUAAAGGAAAAAAAUACCCUAUAUAAUGAUAAAGUAGUUUCCACCUUACAUAUAAACGAGGAAGUAAAUGAUUAUUAUAAGAAGUCAUGGUUUGAAAUACCAGGAGAAUAUAAAGAUAGAGAUUUUAUAAUAGAAGAAAAUUUUCCACCAAAGAAAGAAAUUCACACAUAUAAAGGACAUAAAAUGGGUGUUCAGAAAAUUCGAUUUUUUCCCAAAUAUGGAAAUUACAUUUUAUCAGCUUCGCUAGAUCAUACAUUAAAAUUAUGGGGAGUAUAUAAAUCAAAAAGUUGUGUAAGAACAUACAAGGGUCAUUUUAAAGGUGUCAAGGAUGUUCUAUUUGAUAAUGACGGAACAAAUUUUUUAAGUUGUAGUUAUGACAAUAAUGUAAUUUAUUGGGAUACGGAAUAUGGAAAAAUAAAAGGAGUUUAUAAUCAAAAAAAAACACCAUAUUGCUUAUGUUUAAAUCAUGAAGACUCAAACACCUUUCUGGUUGGGGGUGCCAAUAACAAAAUUUGCCACAUUGACUUUCGAACAGGAAAUAUUGAAUUAGAAUAUAAUGAACAUUUGCAAGCAAUAAAUACAAUUACGUUGUGUGAUAAUAAUAAAAAAUUAAUAAGUACAUCUGAUGAUAAGAAAAUUUUUAUUUGGGAGUAUGGCCUACCCGUUGUUGUUAAAUAUAUAUCAGAUGCAUCUAUGUUUUCAAUAACAGCCGUUUCGGUGCAUCCAAGUAGCAACUUUUUUUUAUGUCAGUCUAUGAACAAUGUUAUAACAGUUUAUGAAGCAACAGGGAAAUUUCGAUUAUUUUCGAAAAAAACUUUUAAGGGACAUCACAACAUUGGAUACGCAAUUAAUGUUUCGUGUAGUAAUGAUGGAAAGUAUGUCAUUAGCGGGGAUAGUAAUGGAGGCUUAUUUAUUUGGAAUUGGAAAAAAACGUCAAAUUUUAAAAAUAUGAAAGCGCACACAAAUGUAUGUAUAGAUUGUGCAUGGCACCCGUUUAAGACGUCCAUGUUAGCAACAGCUAGCUGGGACAAUACCCUUAAAUUAUGGGAAUGA